GUAUACCAAUUGGAUGUAGGGGAUUUUAGUAAUAAAAGCGAUGCCGCAUGAAAUUCCCUAAACCGAGAUUUUCGGGUUUUCGGGACGAGGAGAAAACUCUUCAUAAUAUAGAAUGUCCCUGAAUCUGCAAUAUGAAGCAAUUGGAAAAGGCUUCGUACAGCAAUAUUACGCACUUUUCGAUGACCCAGUACAACGACCUAACCUGGCUAAUAUGUACAAUGUUGAAAGUUCAUUUAUGACUUUCGAAGGGACACAACUGCAGGGCUCCGUUAAGAUUAUGGAGAAGUUAUUAAGUUUAAGCUUUCAAAAAAUAAGUAGAGCAAUUACAGCUAUCGAUUCUCAGCCAAUGUUUGACGGUGGUGUUAUAAUCAACGUUUUAGGAAGAUUACAAACUGACGAAGACAUACCCCAAGCUUACAUCCAAACAUUUAUCCUUAAACCAAUUGAAGGAAGCUUUUUUGUCCAACAUGACAUUUUCCGUUUGGUUCUGCAUAAUACUGCGUAAAAUUAGUACCGGUUACCAAUUUCCUUUCUUGCAGUUUUGCAAUGCUUUUAAGAAACACAUUUCCGUUAAUAUUAUCAACAUUUCUGUGUUCAAAUUCUAUUUGUGCUAUCCGUAUAAGCUUUAGGUCUCAAUUUUCGAUUAAAACUAUUUUGUAACGUU